UUUGACUUGUCCCGACCCAAAAAUAUUCGAAUUUUUUUGUAGUGUUUUGGUUAGUUUGGUUUGGGGUUUGGGAUUUUCAAAAAAAUAAUAAUUCCAUAUUCUAUAAGAAACAUAAAAUCGAAGAAGACAUGCAGGCAACAGAGGAUGGCGAAUUUUUUUCAGAGAAAAAGCUAAAUUUUAAAAUCCCUCGAAAACGAGCCAACAGCACUACAGAUGAAAGUAGUAUCCACCACAACCAAUCGGCCUUAGCGAAUUUGUACUACAAUUAUCCAUACCAAUCUACUGGUUCUUAUCAAUUUUAUCCGGAUUCUUAUGGAAAUGUGCCAGGACAAGGAUAUGGAAAUUCUGUAGUAUACAAUGGCCAGGUCCAGGUACCCAGUUCAUCAGGUUACACUCAUCCAACUCCUCCUGGUGUUGAUGAUACUGCUCUCAAAAUAUUCGACACUCUCACAGAAAUAAAAGAAAAACCAAAGACGUACAGAGAAAAUAUAUUUCAACAAACUGUCCCAGACCUCCUGGACGAUUCACUUCCCAAAGAGUUGAAAGCCCAAUUUCAACCACUUUUUUGUAAAUUAUGCGCCAUAAAAUUAUCAAGCAACCAGACGGCCAAGACUCACUACAAAUCCAAGAAUCACGAGAAAAAAGUUAGAAAAUGGCUGGUCGAUUGGUCAGCUACAACAGGUGCCCCUUUACCUGCUAGAGCUUUGCCAAGCCCUAGUGCAAAAAAAGAUAAGUCAGCAGAACAGAAUCCUGCAUGGUUCCACUGUGACCUAUGCGAUUUGGAUUUAACAGGGCAAUUGCACGCUGAAUCCCAUUACAUGGGCAAAAAUCACCAAAAAGCAAUGCUGGGACACAAAGCACCAGCAGGUAGCGGUUAUUUCAACGCUGAGGGCAAAUGGGUGCGAACCAAAGGCCAAAAGUCGAAAAACUACGACUUCGAACAAGGCGAAGACAAUUUUGGUGCGGCCUUCAAGACACCGAAGCCUGUUACAGAAUCUACAACUAGUCCUGAACCAAUUAUUGGCCCUGUACCUUUGAGUAUUUUUCCAGCUCCUUCAGAACCCCCUGCCAAGAAAAAGAAAGUUGAAGUGGUUGGGCAAUUUCAUUGUGAUAUUUGUAAAAUCAAUGCCACUAAUCAGGAGCAAUUGAAUACGCACUAUAAGGGUAAAAACCAUGCGAAAAAGCUAAAAAGUUUAGGCAUGGAUGCCUACACUGUGCUCAGGAUGUCUACUGAAGCAGCGACAUCACUCAGUAUUCCACCUCCACCGGUAGAACCAGAACCGUACAUCGAUCUGGCUGUACACCGGACACCUUCGGGUGAUUACUAUUGUGCGUCUUGCAACAGCACCAGUAACUCUGAGUUGCAGUUCAUGCAGCACAUGAAAAGUAAAAAUCACAUGAAAAAAGCAUCACAACAAAAGUAGUUUUUAGGAUUUUCCUAUCAUUGAAAAACAUAGGUUUUCAUUAUUGUUCUAGGAUUUUUUUUUUUGGAGUUUUUAUAGUGAAAUUUGUAAAAUUACCUGUUGGGUUAGUUUUUCAAUAGGGUGUCAAAUAGAUUCGCAAUAUAAAUUAAUUAGCUUUAAAGAUGUUGCAAAUUGUGCAGUGAAUUAUUUCUUCUGUGUCUGGUUUGAUUUAUCUAUUUUAAUUAAUUAAGGUACCUAUGCAAGAAGCUAGGUACAAUGCAUGGAGAGAAUUCAUUUCAGCAAUUAGCAAAAUGAUUUUUUUUUUGUGAUAGCUGUGCACUUUUCACAAAUUUUACAGCUUUGUACAUAAAGACCUUUCUAAUAUUUGAUAAUAACAAAAUGAACUUAGUAUUCUGUGAAUCACAUGUAUAAAUUAAAUAGUAUUAUCUAAAAAUCUAUAAUGUAUACGUAUAGGUAUGGUAAAUCUUUAUCAAUCCCGGUCUAAGUAUGUAAUACAUUGGUGAUUUUUUCCUUUUUUCUGAAUACAAGUAAUAUUUUAUUUUACCACUCCUCUAUUACUUACAAUCUCUCUGUAUACAUUAAAAAAAAUUAACUCAAAUUUCCUAUUACUUCAACAUAUACAAUAACAAUAUAAAAUACAAUAUGGAACUGUUUGAAAUAAACCAACCAUAGGGUGAAAAAUAGGUUUUCUGUAACUGUCAAGAGUCCCUAAUGUCGUAUAUCCAAACAGUGUCGAUACCGUGGCCUACGGUUCUUGUAGGCCUUAAAUUGGGUAGAGGAAAUCGGCAGGCUAUAAUGUUGCAUUCAGGUUUGCAUUCUUUUAGGAAUUUUUUCUCUAAAUCUGCC